GCCUGAUACGCUUCUCUAACCACAUUGGUAGUCGUCCUUGGUUGGCUCAACAAAUUGAAUUGAGAAUUUGAGGAGAGAGAGAGAUGGAGGGACUGACAGAGGACGAACGAAGGGCUCUUCGGGGCAGCAAAUUUGCGCCUCUGCCGGCACCGCCUCCUUCUUCCCGUUUUCAACCCAAGCAGGCUCACCCAGGGGGACCGGUGACAACCAACAAGGCUGCUGCUUUGGCAAAAUUCCUGGAAAGAAAACUCCAGGAUCCUAGCGGAUUGGCUUCCCUAAACCCCGAUCUUAUUGAAUUGGCUGUAAAAAAUGCUAAACAGUCCGUAAAAUCCUGUGGGGCGUCGAAUUCAGGUAGAACAGUUCGACACGUAACAUCUUUCAGUGAUACUGAGGAUUUAUCUCAAGGGACAAUGGAAAAUCAUGAGCCUGAGAGGCAAAAUAAGAAGAAAAAAAAGAAGAAAGAUAAGAAAAAUAAAAAGCAGAAGAUGGUGGGAGACCCAGGACUUGUCACUGUUAAAAAGCCUAAAAAGAAGUUGAAAUUGUGACACAGAAUGUCGAAGAGGCUUUAAAAAAGAUGGGCAUUAGUUGCCGAGUGGAAGAUGCAUAUUUGCUCGUGAAGUAGGAUUGCGGUGAUGGCAAACCGGAACGUGUUGCUGAUCCCACAAGUUUUGAAGGGCAACCUAGUUUUAAGAUGUUAUUUUUUAGUUGCAGUUGGCUCCUGGAUAAACCACAUGAAGGCUUUUUUGUACCAUGUACUUUAAGUUUCCUGCCAUCAAGUCAUUGCUUAACAUCAAUCAGUUAUAAUGGUUAUCCCAUAUUUGCUCC